AUGGAAUAUAACAUCCUCUUCACAACACAAAAAACACAAAAACAAAAAAAGUGGCAAGACGGCUAUGCGAAGUACAUUCCAGCAACACACAAGUUUGAAGUGUAUGACAUCCAAAACACAAAACAUGUUUAUUUGACAUCGAAAAUAGUAAAGACCCCACCUAACAUUGGAGACCUCAUUGAAUUAGAAAAAUAUAUAGUCGAUAUCGACUCAGUCGCAUCUGGAGAACUCCCAAAACAAGUCGAACAAACAACACAACAAACUAAAUUGACGCAACUAACAAAACCAAGAAAACUCCACCACACGAUUAAACCGCUCCUCACGAUGACCCCACAGAAAAGUCUUUUGAAAGAUCCUCUUAUUAAAAAGACGGAAGAAAAGCCUAAAAACACUGUUCAUUCUCUUCUCACCAUUUUUACACAACCACAACAAAUUCCUCAACAGAAAAGCAAUGAAAUUCACGACAUCAAAAAAGAGCGAAACCCUCAAAGUGUUAAUCAAGACGAUACUAAGAAACAACGUUUGAGUCAUUCAAAUUGCAUUUCAAAACAAAUCGCCGAGUCAAAAGGAAAUGCAAAAGUCGAAAAGAAUGAACACACUAGUAUAAUGGAAACUCUAUCGAAAUUAAAAAGUGAAAUCAAUUGCGAUACAGCUCAACCUACUACAAAAAAAGUCCUUUCAAAUGGGUUGGUGAAACGCACACGACUUCUUGGAAAUGCUUUUAAAGUGCCAAAGGCUAUGCAAAUGCUGACAUUUCCAAUGAACUUAACAGACAGCGAGAGAGUUCUUGAGAAGUUUCGUAACUUCAAAGACACUUGUCUUGCCCGAUACACUUCUUUAGAUAAGUACGUGACUGAUAUGAACAAUAUCGUAGUCAACGAAAUGAAUUUUCACUUCGCGGAAUUGGCUCAUCAAUUUUACACGUUAGUUGAUACACAAGCAAUAGGACUUGGUGCUUCUGGUCGUCUCAAAAUAUGUGAGCACGGUGUGGCCAAAUGUCAAAUUUGUCGCAAAGAUGGGCCAAAUAAGGGCAAGCCAUUCUACACAUGUCCAGAACGGAAGUGUAAAGCGUUUAAAUGGGACGACACCAAACUUGACACUUUAAAAAUGCGUUUUGAUAUGCCACUUUCUCUUGACACAUCAAUAUCAUUAACAGACUUAAAUUUCCAAGCAUUCUAUACCUCUGGUAUUAUAGCAUUUCCAGACGCAGAAGUGUUCGUUUCAAAUAAAAUUGUUCUUCCCAAAGAAGAAGGUGAUGAUGAGACAACCAAAACAACUUGGUACUUAAAAAUUAAUAGCUUUAGUAAAACUAAAGGACUUAAGAAAGACGAUUUGUGGGUUGUCUUACCACAGGAAUACCCUUAUAAGUUGUCAAGUCGAUUUUAUGUAGUGGCCGCAUUAUAUCACUCGCCUACAUCGGACGGUUUGAUGGCAGUCGACGUCGUGACUCCAUUCCCUCCCAACUUUAAACGCAUGAAAUGUGCAGUUUUGAACGCGUCGUGUUCUUCAACUGAAUUAUUAAUGUUACAGACAUUGACGCAACUGUCCAUUACCCCACCAACCCUGAUCACCCCGUUAUUGAAUUACUUAAUGUUUCACACCUUCACCAAAACAGAGAAUGUAAUCAUGCCUGACAUCUCUCUUAUUGAUCAGUAUUCUUUAAAUACCCCUCAAAGAAGUGUCAUUCAAAAUGUAGUGUUAUCUUUGUUAGGUGCAUUUCCUCCGCUAACACUCGUUCAUGGUGUUUUUGGUGCUGGUAAAUCGCAUUUACUCUCAGUUCUGUGCAUUUUGCUUUCGUCGUUGAAUUACAGAGUUUUGGUGUGUGCUUCCACCAAUGUAGCAGUCGACCGAGUACUCGAAAGUUUGUUAUCCAAAGGGUUUACCUCUUUUUCUCGUGUUGGUUCACUGAAGAAGAUCAGUCGGCUGAUUCUUCCUCACACUUUAUCGGAGACAAAUGGGCUUUCUGAGCUCCGCACAAUUAAAAAGGAUGUGACACUGACACACGCCGAGCGCGAAAUAGUUGAGAAAGAAAUCAAAGAAAGGAAGUCUGGGAUGAUCAAACGUCGUAAUGAAGAGAUCAAAAAGUCUUUAAUAGUUGGUGUAACGUGUGCGUCUUCCACAAACGAGUUAUUAGGAGACCAAUAUGACGUUGUUUUAUUAGAUGAAGCGACUCAAACGAUUGAACCCCUUAUCUUGAUCCCACUCCUUCGGUUCACCCCCAAAGUACUUGUUUGUGUUGGUGAUCCAAUGCAACUCGAUCCAGUUCUUCAAAUUGAAAAUCGGUGUGCUACUAUCUUUCAGCGAGUGUUAUCCAUAGAGACUCCAUUGAUGUUAAAUGUGCAGUACCGAUGUUCUCCACCAAUUAGUGGAAUCGUCAAUCGGAUGUAUUACCACGGACUUCUUGUUGAUGGGGAUAACGUUUUGGAGCGAAAGAGUUUGAUAGAAGGAGGAAGUGAAGUCAUCAUCUUUUAUCAUGAAGUUGAUGAUGAGAAGAUGUCCAAAGGGAGUUAUUCCUCUUCUUAUGAACGUGUUGUGAUGAAAGAAAUAGUAAAUGAGAUCAAAGGAACAGUCGAUAUGAAGAACGUCGGUGUGAUGGCGUUUUAUAAAGAACAAUGCGAGUUGUUAGCAACAGACUUAAAGAAAGAAGAUGUGACUGUAGCAACAAUAGACGCAUUCCAAGGAGCAGAAAAAGACGUCGUUAUGAUUUCCUUUGUAAGAAACAAAGAGUCUUCGUUUCUAGAAAACGCAAAGCGACUGAAUGUGGCAAUCACAAGAGCUCGAAACAACUUAAUUCUCGUCAUGCACCACAACAUUUUGAAAAAUGAUUUCAUGCAAAGUCUCAUUCGUGGAGUUAAAGUUUCUUUUGUUGACUGCGAGAUAUUUUUACAGAUGAAGAAAUUGAUGUUCGAGUCGUGA